AUGAUCCCCACUGGACUAAGUGAAUGCUCCCUUUAUGUUUUCAAACAGGCCAGGGCAUCAGAGAGAUAUGAUCAACUGGUCGCCAAGGCCAAGACACUUUUGAGAGAGUCCUGCGCCUCGCCUGAUAAGGCCCCCGUUUCCGAGUCUCCCACAGAUUCCUCUCCUCUUCCUCCUCCCACUCCCACCGAGAACCGGAUCUCGGAGGAUCCCAGUUCGAACAGCAUCGGUGUUUUUGGUAAUUUGAAGAUACUUGCUUGGUUGCAACUAGUACAAAGAAGUCGGGCAGCAAUGCUGGCUGUCCGUCUCGGGUCGAACACCUCUAUCUUCCAUCUGAAGAAGUUGGCUGUUAUGCACAGGCGUGAGUACAAUCCUGGAGAACGCAAUUACGUGGAAAAGCACUGCGAAGGAGAAUUACGUCAGAGUACAAUAGCUAGCCGUACCAUGGUUGUGGCCACACGCCUCAUCCAGGCUUCGUGA